GCAAGGUUAAAUCAUUCUACGAGUACUUCGACUUAACACAACGAAAAUCCAGGUAGUCAAAGAUCAAGAAACCAUUCAAUGGAAACCCUACACAGACUUCUGAUAAUUAAUUGAUACAAGCUUUACGACAGAUCAGUAUCGGAAUCGAGAUUGAAAUUACGACAGACAGAGGGAAGGAAGCCGGCGGAUUGAAAACAAACGCGGUACCACCUCUGGGUUCCCUGCAGGCAGACCCCAAGAAGCAUCGUUUCAUUGCUGAUAGAAGGGAAUAGUGGCGACAGGAACAAGAGGCGAUGGAUUAACGAUAUACAUACAUAUAUAUAUAUAUAUAUUAUAUAUAACAACGCUAUAGAGGUGCGAGUGCCCGGGUGUGGUGGAAUGCGAAGUGGGCUAAAUGAUUUGUCUUAUAAACACGCCAUACAAAUGCGCGAAACUCUGAUAAGCAAACGCAUAAAGGAAUGGGAGAAAUAAAGGAUUCAUAUGGAAAUAGGCGGCAUACCACUAAAGCGCAUUCGUAAUCACCGACAGCGAUACUCAUAAUAAGAGUUUGCAGAUGGCUUGAGAGGUAGUGCUCUCGUGGAAGCUAUGCGGCAAUUGGACGUGUGAUGUACUCUUUUUGAUCUCGGCAGUACUCCAGAUCAACCCAGGAAGAAGAAGCUAAUGCGAACAAGAAGAUCUGAAGACCCAAUCUUUCCCAUUCCCAGAAUUAUAUGAUACACGAUCUUCGCAAAUAUUGGCGCUUCCCAAUCCAUUCUUCUUCGAUGGCAACAAUUUGUUACAGCGAUGUUGUCGAUAUAAUGUCCAUUUUCAAGGUAUUCGUACCGAGUUCUGCUCCUUCUUUACUUUCGUUAUCUGUCAAAUCAUCUACUUUAGCUAUCCAUUUGAAUUCUCCUAGCCCUUGGAAAAUUGAGAAGAUUUCCCAGACGUGAAAUUCAUUUUCUACACAUUCCACAGGCCGAAUCCGAAAACAAAUCCUGCGACGUCUUUCCCCUUAUUUUCAAAGCCUGGUGUGGAUCAGUCGAUAAAUUCAUGAUGGUUGCAGUCGGAUGAUUUGCCCCAUUCUUCCUAUAGGGAGAGAACCAUUGGAAAGUUGUAUUCCUUUGGUCAAAUAUUCCAAAGACAGUGAGCUUGAAAAUUUCUAAUUUCGUCGUAAAUUGCGAGUUCAUUCCAUUGAAUUUCCUAUUCUGUCCUUCAUUCCAGUCCACAUUUUCUUUCCCAUUCCAUCUAGAAACAAACAUUCAGAAGCCAAUAUUCAUUCAUAAAUUGUUGUUUACCCACCUGAUAUUAUCUGUAGCAAUUUCUUCUCACAUAUAAUCAUGUCCGCUCAUCAGGCAACGAAUGCGGUCAAUGGCACCAAUGGGGCUACGACGAUGAAUGGGCCCGCGGCCAAGGAUGCAAAGAUGAUUAAUGGUACAAAAGAACAAAAGCCAAACAUUUUUCGAAGGAUAAUCAGAAGGCCCAAGAAGACCAAUCCAAAAGCCGCAGGCACCAUCGUCGUAACACCCGCCGAAAUUAAUGAAGCGACAGCCAAAUUGUUCGCGAGGCUCGAGGAGAGAUACGCAGAAAGUUUUCGUGCUCAAGGAUUUGAAGCAGAUCGACCAUUCAUACCACGUAAAUUCGAGACACAACGAGCACUUUAUCAAUGGGCACUUCCGGGAACCACGACCCCUUCAUACCCACCUCAUCUGAAAUGGAUACCUCUUGAUGAUCGGGUAGGACUACUCAAAAUCUUCAACCUCAAACGAUUUGUCGAUGUUUCUGUGUCACUUCUCCCUAAGAUUCCACCAGAGAUCUCAAAUCUCCUAUUUGGGGAUCCUUAUAAUGGAACCACAAUGGCAAUGUUAGAAGAAAAAAUGAAAGCUUUACAAACUGAAGAGAAGAACAUUGGAACUGAACCAAAUAUUGGCUAUCGCAAGGAUUGGUAUAGUGAUGCAGUGUUCGCUCAACAGUAUUUUACUGGUCCUAAUCCUUCAUCUAUCGCUCUAGCUGGCCAAACUUGGCUCGAUAGGUUCAAGAAGUCUGCUCUCAAUCAAGGCAAUAAGGAAAUGCAUAGUCUCCUAGAGAUAUUCAAUUCAGAGUCUUUCUAUAUCCAAGAUUGUAGUUUUUUCCGUGAAUGGGCCGGCACUUCCCCCGACGCUGUUCUCAAAUCUGACAAUGGCAAAAGAUACGGAUGUGCCUCCGUAACGUUGUUCCACCUGAAUGCAGACGGCGAUCUUCAUCCUUUAGCCAUUGUCUUGGACUACAAAAUCAGUAUGGAAAAUUCGGUUACGAUCUUCAACAAGAGAAUCAAUCCAAAGGAUCCAAAAGAAAACGAGCAUGAGGAUUGGCCAUGGAGAUACGCCAAAAUGUGUAGUUUGAUCUCUGACUGGACACAUCAUGAGGUGACAUUGCACCUCAAUGAUUGCCAUUUUGUGAAGGAGGCCAGUGCUGUGGCUGCUUACAGAAGCUUUCCCAGUGAUCACAUCGUUUACAAAACCUUGGAACCUCAUUGGUUCAAAACUCUUUCUCUAAACGCCGCCGCCCGUGAAACUCUUGUACCACAGGUUGUUACUAAGAUUAAUGGCUUCACUGAACAACAGACCUACGAAUUCCUCCUCAGCUCUUACAAAAACUUUAACUGGACUGGAAACUAUGUUCCAACUUCUCUGAUUACCCGUGGCUUCCCUCUAUCGGCCCUAAACGACAAGAAAGAUCCCCGAUUUCACAACUACGCAUACGGAAAAAACAUGGCUAUCUUGUGGCCCAUCCUGUUUGAAUUUGUUUCUUCUAUGCUAUCUACAUAUUACACGGGUGACGCCGACGUCGCAAAAGAUACAUGUGUAUCAACUUGGUGUAAUGAGAUGCAAUCUCCAAUGGGUGGACAGAUGCCUACUUUCCCCGGCAUUAAAACUCUUAAUGAACUGACAAAUACCAUCACCAUGUGUAUCCAUAUCGCUUCACCCCAACACAAUGCUAUCAACUACCUUCAGAAUUACUACAUGUCUUUCAUACCCAACAAACCGCCUUCUCUACAACAACCCCUUCCUGGAAGUCUCAGUGUUCUUCAGAGAUACAGAGAAGCCGAUGUCAUCAAUGCUCUUCCCAUAAAUGAUUCGUCCGUCUGGAUUCAAGCAUCACAGCUUCCCUACCUACUCAGCUACAGAGUUGCCCAAGACCAAACACUAUCCGCUUAUGCCAGGGAAUUGAGAGACGCUGCAAUCAAUCCGCGAGGAAGAUUCGCUGGGCCAGGAGAUACUGGAAGGAGAACAGAUAAAGUUAGAAAGGCAGCCGAGAAGUUGCUACUUGAUCUCGACGUCGCGGCAAGAAAAUUCAAGGAGAAUAGCGAAGCGAUGAGUGAAGGGAUUGCUCCGUAUUAUGUUAUGGAUCCUGGGGAAUUGGCUGUCAGCGUGCUGAUAUGAGACAGUCUUGCCACGUUACAAUUUCCUGGAAUUUAUCGUCCUUGCUUGUUCUUCUUUGGGUUCUUUUCUUUAAUUUGCUUCUGUACGUUUACUUUUUGCUGGGCUGAAAUUUGAUCUAUAUCUUGGCUUGGGUUUCUUGUUUGGGAAAAUAAUGGAUUUGGGCUGAUUGCAUGUUAGGGUUGGUGGGAAUGUUUACUUUUAGGUGAUACCUGGUUAGAAAGAGCGUGGCGUUGUAGUUCUUUGAUGCGAUAUUUUUUAGUCUUGGCUUGCAUUCGAAUAUUUUUAGUGGUAGUUUAAUUCUAAUUCAAUCGAUUUGUUCA